UUGUCUUGAUGCCCUGCUUUUGAGACUUCUUUCUCUGAAUUCUAAAAGAUGACAGAGAAUAGCGGGAAAGCCUCAAUGAAGUCCUUUGGGAGUCAUAUCAAUCCUGAGAAAGACGAAGAACUGAAAAGUACUAAAAUAGAAAUUGAUAACAAGGUGGCAAAGAUCACGAAGCUUAUAAAGAAUAAAAACAAAGGCAAGAAAGAUGGGAUCUCAAGAAAAGACUCCGAAGUUGUUGAAUUCAUUCAGGAUUUCCACAAACAGUAUCAAUCACUCUAUGUACUUUAUGAUAAUCUCAUAGGAGAGGCAAGGGGAAAAGUUAAUAGCAGAGAAGAGAAGGAAGGCUGUUCUGCACACAGCUCAGACUCGGAAUCAUAUUAUUCCCCAGAUGAAACAGGUAGUAGGACUAGUGACUCAAGAGGUGAACGUCGGAGGGUGAAAGAUGGCUUCAAGCAGAAGCUUGAAACAUCAAAUGCAGAAGUCGCUGAAUUGAGGAAUAAAUUAACCUCGAUGAGUAUGGAGAAGGAAGGUUUAGGUUUGGAAUAUAUGGCAUCUUUGAACAAGAUUCAAGAAUCAGAGAAAAUCAUUGAGGGUCUAACAAUUGAAGCUGAGCACACGAAGAGCAUAAAAGAAAAACUUAUUGCUGAAUCUAGAAAAUUAAAGGAGAAAUUGGCUGAAAGAGAGAAGACACAUCAGGUUCAAGAGAGUAAAGCAUCAGCACAGAUAAAGAAGUUGGAGAACCAGGUAACUAGCUUGAAACUUGAGCUACAGACCUUACGCAUUCAAAAAAGAGGACUUGAAGAGCAAACUGAACGUAGAGCAACUGAAGCUAAAAGAGAGGGAGAGGAAAAUUUAGGACUUAAAGCCCGUAUUUUUGAACAUGAACACAAGACCCUUGAAGAGAGAGAGAGUCUAAAAAUUCGGGUUAAGGACUUGGAACUAAAGUUGGAUACUCUACUUUGCCAGAAAAAUCAAUUGGAAGAGCAGAUAAUAGUAAAGGAUAAUGAGGCUGAUCACUUGAGAGAAGAAAAGGAAAGGUCGAGUGUUAAAAUCUUGGAAAUGGAGAAAUCACUCAUAAAGAGAAGUAAUGAGCUUUCUGCUAUCCGAACAAAACUUGAGGGUUUGGAGAAUGAUGACUUGAGAGAAGAAAAGGAAAGGUCGAGUGUUAAAAUAUUGGAAAUGGAGAAAUCACUAAUAGAGAGGAGUAAUGAGCUUUCUGCUAUCCAAACAAAACUUGAGGGUUUGGAGAAUGAUGCAUCUAAUCACGGCAAGUCAUUAGGAGAACAGGUUAACAAUCUGCAGCAGGAGCUGGAUUCCUUGCUGACUGAGAAAAGCCAAUUGGAGUUGCAAAUAGAGAAAGAGAGGAAAGAGUCUUCGGAGAGCCUGACUCAGAUGCAGAAACAGAACAUCGAGCUGACAAGCAAAAUUGCAGAUCAGCAGAGAACCCUUAAAGGACAAGAAGAUCUUAUCAACAAGUUAAAUGAGGAGCAUAAACAAAUUAAAGGCAAGAAGGGGACCAGGUUAAGUUUCCAAAUUGCUGAAAAGAGGAUUGAAGAAAUGGCAGAAGAAUUCCGCAAGAAAUUUGAAGAUAAUCUGCGUAUCUUGAGCAGGAGGAUCCGAGUUGCAGAACAACUACAUGUUGAGAACAAAGAAUGCUAUGUGAAGAUGAAGGAGAGGUGUGAGCAAGAACACGUAGACCUCAAAGAAAAGGUUAUAACUGAUGAAGUUGCUCAACUGGAUGUUAAGGAAGCGGAGAUAUUGGGACUCAGAGAGAAGGUCUGGAAGUUAGAGAAUGAGAUUAGAGAGCUGGAUGUUAAGGAAGCAGAGAUAUUGGGACUCAGGGAGAAGAUCUGGAAGUUAGAGAAUGAGAUUAGAGAACUGGAGGAGAUGGUGAAAGAGAAAGAGGAAGGAGUGAUGGUUGUGGGGGAAGAAAAGAGAGAGGCCAUAAGGCAGUUAUGUCUGUUGAUUGAUUAUCACCGCAACCGAUCUGAUUAUGUAAAGAAAUUGCUAAAAAUGUCUGUUAGAAGCAAGAGGACACCAUAGGACGGACAAUUGUUACCUAGCAAAUCAUGAACAAUUUGUUCAUUCUUUCAACAAGACAGGUGGGGCUAAUGAGGAGUAAACAUUAUCAAGACUCCAGCAAACCUCAUAGUCAUGGAACUGCAUCAAAGUUGAUUGCAGCCUCAAUUUUCCUUAUUCACUAACCAGAGUGUACAGGAAAGUACAAUCCUCUGCUCUGUUUGCUUUCUCUCUGUAAAUGUGGAAUUGUAUUCAGCAAAUCAUGUCAUUAUUAAACUAAUAUUUUUCUUUCACAAGUGUUACGGGGGUUUGCAAUGUUUACUGCAUAUCCUGAUGGCCUUGUUAAUGUGAUUGUCUGGAUAGUGGACUUUUUUUUUUUUUUUUUAAUUAUUAUUUUUAAAUUGUGUUUUGAACCUCUCCUCUUAAACUUUCUGAUGAUUUGCUUAAGGGCUACUAGUCCAAUGGCAUGAUUCCUCCACCCAAUUGGAGAUUUCGAAUUCCAAGAGAGAUAUUGUGUUUGCUUUUAACUUAAAAAAAGGGGAAAAAAAAAAAAAAAAAAUGAAAACUUUCCAAGUACAGAGAAGAAAUAUGAUAGAUUUCUUGUAAUGGGUUUUCAAGCACUACAUUUAUACUUCAUAUAAUAAACCCAAGCUUGGAGUAAAAUUAAUCAAGAAUGAUGAGAGGGAAAAAAAAAAAAAAAAAUAUGAAAAUAAAAUAUUGACACUAUUGUCACACAAGGUGACUCUCAUUGGACUCAGAUCACAUUCAAUCAUUCUAACUUUGACCACUUGAGAAGUCUCUUUCAAAUAACUUGAUGCACGGUGAUUAGACUCUUAUAUCAUUUUUGA